GUCUGACAGUGAACACCAGUAAUCCUGACGUCACACAAUGUUUCCAGGACACAGUGUUUGUGUGGGUGUCCUGUGGGAUUUUCUGGUUGUUUGCCCUCUUUUUCAUCCCAGUUUUAUCAUCUAAACCCACCGUGCACAGGAUACGCGACGCCGGGAAACUGAACUUUGCUAAAACGUUUUUCAGCAUUUUGUUAAUCUUGACGUCCAUUUUGGAUUUGUUAAAAUCAUUCAGUGAGAUACCAACACAUCACACACCACCAUCCGCCUUCAUUGCACCUGCCAUAUACGCUAUCACAUUUGGAAUGUCAUCGUUUCUGAUCACGUACGAGUUUAAGAAAGGCGAGGUGUCCUCAGCCAUGUUGUUCAUCUUCUGGUCCAUACUUCUCCUACUAGGGGGUGUGUCACUAAGAUCUAAAAUAAUGCAGGUGCAAACUCAGGAUCUUGAGAGCAUGUUCCGCGUGGUGACAUUCUGCGUUCAUUACACCUGCAUCGUCCUUGAGUUCAUUUUACACCUGUUCGGGGAUCCCAAAGCGCUGCCAGAAAGCACAACUGACAGGGGAGCGUGGUCUGAAAAACAACCCAUUCUGGCAAAAACUAAAUCCUCAGAGGAAUCAAAUGAUAACUGGGAAAUGACACCAGAGAGAAGGGCGUCCUUUUUAUCUAGAAUAUCAUACUGGUGGAUAACAAAACUUAUAGUGAAGGGAUACAAGCAGACUCUGGUGUUUGCUGAUAUGUACAGACUGCUUCCUGAAGACUCAUGUGACGUCAUUCUUCCAAAGUUUCUCAGAGAAUGGGGAAAGGAGAAGGAGAAAUUGAGUGUUUCAGCCGUUCGUUUCACUGCAAGUCAGACCUAUGGCAGUAUUCCCAAUGGGCACCAAAAGUACCACCAGAUGAAUAACGAAAACCAAUCUGCCAAGACGACUCGAACAGAUAGUGUGACAUUGGAGUCAGCACAUGUUCCGGGGCGUGGAGAACCAAGCUUACUAAAGGCUCUACUACGAACAUUCGGACCUUACUACGCUAUUGCCGCACUGCUUCGUCUGACUUUUGAUGCUGUUACAUUCGUCAAUCCAAUGCUGUUAAACCUGAUAAUUACCUUUGUAGAAACUGGCGACCCGCUCACGUGGCGGGGUUACUUGUUGGCCGUGGUAAUGUUUUCAGCCAGUAUGCUUCGUUCCCUGAUCAACCAGAGCUACAGACGAAUUUGCUUGAGAGUUGGAUUAAGGAUUCGCACGGCUAUAAUAGCAACUGUAUAUAGGAAGUCAUUGAAGUUAAGUAGCGCUGCAAGGAAGAAAUCAACAGUGGGGGAGAUUGUUAACUUAAUGUCAGUAGACGCACAGAAGAUGCAGGACGCGACUAUCUUCUUCCAUAUGGUCUGGUCAUCCACUGCAGGCAUCGUUGUGGCACUGGUACUGCUAUGGCAAUAUCUAGGACCGGCAUCAUUGGCGGGUCUAGCGGUCAUCAUACUUCUGCUACCGGCCAAUGCCUAUUGUGGGAUACAGAUAAGAGCGAACCAAGUUCGACAGAUGGCUCAGAAAGACAAAAGAUUGAAAGUUCUCAAUGAAGUUUUAAAUGCUAUAAAGAUUUUGAAGUUGUACGCGUGGGAAGAGUCAUUUCAAAGGAAAGUUACUGGGAUCCGUGACACUGAACUUAGUUCACUACAGAAAGUACAGAUUGCAAACGCUGCGUCUGCCCUUAUUUGGUUCUGUGCUCCAUUACUGAUGGCGUUGGCCAGUUUUGCAACCUUUGUUCUCUCAGAUCCCAACAACGUUCUUGACCCCAACAGAGCGUUUGUGUCUUUGUCCCUAUUCACCAUCGUCAACAGUUAUGUGGCGGUUUUUCCACUUUCUCUUAUGUCCUUGGUUCAGGCUGGCGUUUCUAUCGGAAGAAUAAACAGAUUCCUUAAAGGUGAAGAACUGGAUACGAACGCAAUCGAUAGAAAAACCUCAGCUAAUGGGACCGUGUCUAUGACAGAUGCUACUUUUACCUGGGAUAAAGAUGAAGCAUCGGUUCUCAAACAAUUGAACUUCGACAUUCCCCCUGGGUCUCUGGUGGCUGUGGUGGGCCAGGUUGGAAGUGGGAAGUCAUCCCUUCUCAAUGCUCUGCUAGGAGACAUGGAGUGUUUAUCUGGAAACAUUAAUGUUAAGGGUUCGGUGGCCUAUGUUCCACAGCAAGCAUGGAUACAAAACAAAACUGUCAAAGAAAAUAUCCUCUUUGGAAAACAGUGGAACCAGUCCAUCUAUAGGAAGUGUGUUCGCACUUGCGCACUGGAGCAUGAUUUAAAAGUCCUCCCGGCCGGAGACCAAACAGAAAUAGGAGAGAAGGGUGUAAACUUAAGCGGUGGUCAGAAGCAGCGAGUAGGUUUGGCCAGAGCGGUGUACCAGGAUUGUGACGUGUACCUCAUGGACGACCCUCUUAGCGCAGUAGACAGCCAUGUUGGAAAACACAUCUUUGACCAAGUGAUUGGACCAGAAGGGGUAUUGAAAGACAAGACGAGAGUUCUGACCACAAACGGCAUCAGCUUCUUGCCAAAGGUGGACGCCAUCAUAGUAUUGAACAAGGGUGUGAUAUCAGAGAUAGGCACUUACCAAGAACUGUUAAGUCAUAAUGGCGCAUUUGCUGAAUUUAUAAAAAGCUACUUAAACGAGAAAGACUCUGAGAGUGAAAGUGAGGAAGAAGAGGAUUUGAGAUCCCAGUUGAGGCGACAGAUAUCAGUACUAUCUGGUUCGGAAAGCGAACACGAACAGGAGCAUCAUGUUAGAAAGCGGGAGAGACCAACCAGCAGGCAGACCAGCAGGCAGACCUCGUUCGGAGAAUCAACGCAUGCGCAUGAGGUUAAGAAGAUGGGGCAGCAGCUGGUUGAGGAGGAGUAUGCUGAAAGAGGAACGGUAAAAUACACUCACAUGCUGAGUUAUAUUCGCGCCAGUGGACUGAGGACCAUCAUCUUGGUAACAAUCGGAUACAUUGGCUUUGUAUCUUGUCUGAUUGGUGCUAAUAUCUGGCUGAACUUGUGGAGCAAUGACCAAGUCGUUAACGGCACCCAACAACUUACUGAUCUCAGGCUAGGUGUAUAUGGAGGACUAGGGGCGGGACAGGUGUCAUUUAUCGUCGUGCAGUAUUUUGGGAUCGCUUUUGGAUGUGUGAUUGCUUCAGGCACCAUACACAAGUCUUUCCUGGAGAGAAUCAUGCGGGCACCAAUGUCUUUCUUUGACACCACACCUCUAGGUCGCAUUAUGAAUCGUUUUUCCAAGGACAUGGAGACUGUGGACAUUAACCUUCCGUUCACAGUAGACACCAUAUUGGCGGCAGGUGCCCAGGUUAUUGCAGUGAUCGUUGUUAUCAUGUACAGUACGCCUAUCUUUGCUGUAGUCUUACUCCCAUUGUGUGUCAUCUACUUUGUGACACAGAAGUUAUAUUUGUCAUCUGCCAGGCAGUUAAUAAGGAUUGAUGCUACAAAGAGAUCACCUAUAUAUUCCCAUUUUGGUGAGACCCUGGUUGGCGUGAGUUCCAUUCGAGCUUAUCAGCAACAGGAAAAAUUCGUGCAGCUCACCGACAAAAUGAUAGACGACAAUCAGAUGGCCUGGUACGGAUACAUUAUGACAAACCUGUGGUGCAGUUUUUUAAUGCAAACAUACGGGUCUCUCGUUAUCCUGUUUGCAGCCAUAUUUGCUGUCCUGGCAACUGGAUCUGGAAGUAUCACGGGAGGAGACGCCGGGAUGUCCCUGUCUCUGUCGCUUAAUGUAACACAAAUGCUGAAUUUCCUCGUAAGAGCAAGCUGCGACUUUGAGAUUCAAGUGGUCGCUGUAGAGAGGAUAAAAGAAUAUUCAGCAGUAGCAGUUGAGGCCCCUUGGGACAUUGAUCACUGCCGUCCACCCCCAGAGUGGCCACAGAAAGGAGAGGUCCAGUUUGACCAGUACAGUGUCCGUUACCGGCCUGGACUGGACCUUGUUCUUAAGAAUGUCACAUUCCAAGUUCAGCCUGGAGAGAAGGUUGGCAUCGUUGGACGAACAGGUGCGGGGAAAUCUUCACUUACUUUGGCUCUGUUCAGAAUCAUAGAGUCUGCGGCUGGUAGCAUCACUAUAGAUGGCAUUAACAUCGCUGACAUUGGAUUGCAUCAGCUGCGAUCUAAAGUCACAAUAAUACCACAGGAACCCGAACUUUUCUCUGGGACACUAAGGUCGAACUUAGAUCCAUUUGACUUAUACUCUGAUGAAGAGGUUUGGAAUGUGCUUGAGCAUGCACAUUUGAAAGGAUUUGUGUCCACCCUGCCAGCAGAACUACAGCAUCAAAUAUCGGAGGCCGGGGAAAAUCUGAGUGUGGGACAGAGGCAGUUAGUGUGUCUAGCCAGGGCCCUUCUUCGUAAGACCAAGAUCCUUGUUUUAGAUGAAGCAACUGCAGCCGUUGAUAUGGAGACGGAUGACCUUAUCCAAUCCACGAUUAGGUCAGAGUUCAAAGAGUGCACUGUGAUAACUAUAGCACACAGGCUGAAUACAAUCAUGGACUAUGACAGGGUCCUAGUACUAGACAAGGGUACCAUUAAAGAGUUCCAACCACCCAGUGUGUUACUUCAGGACAAGAGGAGCACGUUCUAUGGAAUGGCUAAAGACGCCGGACUGGUCUAA